CCAGGGAGUGGCCCGCGAGGGCACGGGCGGCGGCCCCGCCCAGAGAGGAUAUAUUGGAGGCACCCAGCCGCCGCCCUGCAGAGACCUCACCACCUCUCCAGGAAGCGCCCCAGAGCGAGCGAGCGAGCUAGCGAGCACCGAGGCGCCGGGAAAAUGGCAGACAGUUUCUCACUUAAUGAUGCUGUGUCUGGGUCUGGAAACCCAAACCCUCAAGGAUGGCCUGGGCAGUGGGGAAACCAGCCUGCUGGGGCUGGAGGCUACCCAGGAGCUGCCUAUCCUGGGGCCUACCCUGGACAGGCACCUCCCGGGGCCUACCCUGGACAGGCACCCCCGGGGGCCUACCCUGGACAGGCUCCUCCCGGGGCCUACCCUGGACAGGCACCCCCUGGUGCUUACCCUGGACAGACACCUCCCAGUACCAGCCCUGGACAGACACCUCCCAGUACCAGCCCUGGACAGACACCUCCCGGGGCCUACCCUGGACAGGCUCCUCCUGGGGCCUACCCUGGACAGGCUCCUCCCGGGGCCUACCCUGGCCCAACAGCACCUGCUUAUCCUGGACCAAAUGCACCAGGAGCCUACCCUGGGCAACCAAGUGGACCUGGAGCCUUCCCUGCUGCUGGACACUUUGGUUCCCCUUCUGGACCACUGACUGUGCCUUAUGAUUUGACCUUGCCUACUGGAGUUGUGCCCCGCAUGCUGAUAACAAUUAUGGGCACAGUGAGGCCCCAAGCAAACAGACUUGCUUUGGAUUUCAAGAAAGGGAAUGAUGUUGCCUUCCACUUUAACCCACGCUUUAAUGAAGACAACAAGAGGGUCAUCGUUUGCAAUUCAAAGAUGGAUAAUGUCUGGGGAAAGGAAGAAAGACAGUCCACUUUCCCAUUUGAAAGUGGUAAACCUUUCAAAAUACAAGUUCUGGUUGAACCUGAAAACUACAAGGUUGCUGUCAAUGAUGCUCACUUGUUGCAGUACAAUCAUAGGAUGAGAAACCUCCAGGAAAUUAGCAAAGUGGGGAUUUCUGGUGACAUAGACCUCACCAGUGUCACCCACACUAUGAUAUAACCUUAAAAGGUGUGGAUACUUUGAAAGAAAAACGAAGUUGAACGUAAACUUCCACAAGUUGAACGUAAACUUCCACAUUUGAAUUUUAUGUUCCACUAUGAGUGAACAUUUUCAUGCCUAUUCAUGAAAAUUAUUGUAAAUCAUACAUUUAAUAAACUUAUUCUAAAAGUCA